AUGGAGAGCCCAGAACUUGUUGACACCUCUGACUGUGACGAAGCAGAGGCAAUACUUGCUGCAAAACCUGACUACUGGACACACGCCACUGCUUCAGAUUUGUCUCGCGACUUUGCAACUUCUGAUUCUCAAAGGAAUGUUGGGGUAGCCAGCCGUCACGAGGAUCGCUCUAUAUACAGCUCACUAUUUUUUACACGUCGCGAACAUGCGGAACGACCGCCAUCGAAGCGCCCCAAGAUUCUCUUCCAACGACUCCUACUCGCAAUAGGCUUGGGCACCACUUCACAGUUGGCUUUAGCUCAGUACCGUGUACACCUGUCGCCAUUGCUUCAAUCUACCUCUCUAUUUCUCGAAGGGGAGAGUCUUGAUGGUUUUCCUCUUGGAGAUGACCUUUCGUUGCCCGACGGUGGGGAAUGGGAACACGCCCGAUUUCUUCCCCCAAGCAUUGACAAUGGGAGGUUCAUUCCUCACCCUCAAACCAAUCACGAUGAACACUCUCCUCAAUCACCCUCUCCUAAUGCCUCCACUCUGCUUACUCCAAAGAAGGUGACUCAAGCAGGUGACCCGUUGCCCAGCACUUCAACUGGAUCUCCUGUAGUCGCAUAUACAUCCGACGCCCAACCAACAUCUCCCCUCACUCCCAUAUCAUCGCCGAGGAAUCAUAGGCUAUGGCCCGGAGAGACUGCAAUGCCCGAGUCCACACAUUCCCCACCUCCAAUGCAGCCAUCGUCACACCGUGCCAUUGAUUCUGUUGUCUUCCUUGCGCAGGAAGCAGAACAAAGUUCUGGACGAUACUCACUCCGGACGCGACAGGCCAGGCAGAGAAAUCCGUACGCUUACGAUAAGGCAUUAUAUAAACGUCAGAUGCGCGCUAAUCCAGAGGCCAUAGUUAAGGUCGUUAGUCCAUCACGAUCACGUCCUCAGAAAGAGCGUCGGUCGAAGAGUAGAGGAAAUGACUCGUCCACUGAGGAAUCUGGAGACGAAUAUGUGAUGGCUGAGGGCGAGGAAGGCGAGGAGACAGCAGGGGUGAAGAACGUCACAAGGGGAGACCGGCGGCAGGAUAGUCUGGCUGAAUCAGGGAGGACGACUGGCCAGCCCAAUCAGCCGCAUGGUCAUAGUAGUAAAGAAAGGCAAGGUAACACGAAGGAGAAAUUUGUGCAGUCUCCCCGAGGCGAAAUAUGGUACCCAGGAGCAUUUGAAGAAUUCUUCAGCAGUAGCAGCAGCGUUGAAGGUAAAUCUCCCCAAAGAGCGACGAACAAAGGCGCCAGGACUAAGAUCAGAGCCCCAUUAAAGCCGAAACCAUUUCCAAUGAAGAAACGGGACUUCGCUCAUAAACAUUCCUCUGGAAGAAUCGAGUCCGAAUUAGGAUCCCCGAAGCGCGUACAACCUAUUACGGAUGUCAGCAUGGGCGAAGGCUCGAAUUCCGACAUCGAUUUACCUCGCUGGCGGCGACAUAGGAGCUCUACCCCUUCCGUUCCUGAGCGCGUCUCCCUGAACUUUCCCGUUUACGAUGGAAGCGCGAACGUGAACGACUCGGAUCUCGUACUCGAUUCCGGAACUCCCGGGCCUCUCCCUCCCUCCUCCACACCUGAUAUGGAAGAGCAAAACCUUACCAUGUCAGGUGAAGAGCACAGAGCGAAUGUCUCUGAUAUUGAGGACGAUGCAGUUCGGCACAAGCGAACUGAUGCCGAAGUCAUAGACAUUUCUGAUGACCUAUCCGGCUCGGAGUCUAGCUCCUCUGUGGAGGGACUGUCUGCCAAAGACCGUCGGCGGAUGAAAGUGCUGCAGAAAAUGAUGCCUCGUGUCCUGAUCCAGCGACACCUUCGCGAUGCUGUUGCCCCGCGGCCAACACGUCCAAUCGAUCGCGCAGGUAGCCUUUCUGACAACGAAGACCACCCACUACGUCCUGGUCAAUCUAGGGUGCGUAUAAGGCAUUUAUCUCAAAAAGACAGCGUUGAAAUCCGAGGAGAUACCGAGAGCUCGGAUUCUGAGAGAUCGGACAAUGUAUCAAUGAGCUCCUCGGAGUCGGAUAUGGACGUGGUAGUCGUUCCACAUCCGCGCAGCGCAGCCAAGGUCGCUUUGGAUCGGACUGGCUCGCAGACUGAGCAUGCUCUCAUCGACGUCAUCGACGAGACUGAAAUUGGGCAGUGGGUUUCGGACAAAGGUCAUUACGUGCGCCAUGCUGGUGAUGAUUCUCAGGCAAGAGAAGGCGAUUUGAUCGAUCGAAUGCUUUCCCGUACAAGAGUUGCUGGUUCCAAGUUGCGUCGCAAGCGCAGACGAAAGGCUAAAAGUUCGCGCCACCCUUCUGGACGAAAUUUGCAUAUCAUCACCGUCGGAGCACGAAAGGUCAGCUCUGUACCCUCCAAGGCAACCGCUCAGGAACGCAAACGCAAGAAACAUUGCAAUCAAGGUGGUUUAUUCACUUUUGCUUCUGGUGGUGAACGUCUCCUCUCAGGCCGAACGCACCACCGUCCUAUUACCAUUGACGCUGAAGAGCAUGUCCGAAGUUCGUUGCCACAUAAUUUGUUGAUGAGUAAGACUUCUCUUCCUCACCCACGAGCAAGGACAGGGCACAAGGCCGGGAGUAGCAAGGCCUACGUAAAUAGUACAUUGGAUAACUACUGGUCUGCAGAAGAGGAUAUUAAGCAAGCACCGCGUGCGGCGUCAUCCGACACUUUGCGCGAGCAGGCCCAUCAAGACGAUCUUGAUUUACACCGUGUGACACUUGACUUCGAUGUACCGGUGCUUCCUUCUGGAAUCCCCUUCGGUCCCGAUACAUACCUCGGCAAAGGCCAUCUACAUGACCUUAUUACCUUUCUUUCCGAUGCUCACGAUAUAUCAAGACCUACUUCAUGCUCCCUGCUUGGCGUGCGGCUUCACUCCGAGAUGUCAACUCAAGACUUCGCAGCAUGCCUGGAACAAGUCUCCGAUCGAGCACAAGAUCUUAUCACUCGAAGAGCACCUAUCGAAGGCGAACAAGUUCGACAAUGGCGAAUCUUACUUCAUUCACUCAACAGUCAUAUGGUUUGGUUGUUUCGCGCAGCCGAAGACGAUGACUAUGUAGCAUUAUCAUCCGCUAUGGAUAGACAAGUCGGCCGACUCAGGGCUGUAGUUGAAGAGCCGACGGAAGUUAUUCCUGAAGAUGAGGUCCCCUAUCUCCUGGUCUACGAAAUCCAUUGGUUUACGCUCGAGGCAGCAUUUCGUAUGUUCGUCUGUCACAGGCGCCGGCAUGGACAGCUAUGCGACGUGUCGUUGCUGCGUCAACGCUUGCGUGUCCUGAUACGACAACUCUGGGAUUUCGGUUUUCGCAAUCUUCUGGAUCCGUUCAAUGGUGCAGAUGAAAAUGCUCUACCGGAUGAAUCGAUGUCUCGCCGCGUUUCAGAAUUAUGGGUUUGCAUAAUUCAUCUCAUCAACGCGGGCGCGACAACCUUACAAGAUAGUCUGGAUCAGCCAUCGGAAAUCAUUUCUUUUUGGAGAACAUACACCGAUUUUGUUCGCGAAGCAAUUGCUCCGCGAAGGGAUAUUUCUGAGCUCGUCAUUAGCGAGUCUGUCUGGAGGAGUAUCUUUACGUUGUGCUCUUUAUCACAGUUCUCUGUUCAAGGAAUUACCACAUCGUUGCCUCGGCUGGGAGCUUCUUGGGAACUCGUCAUGAUAGCCUUAGACCGGAUUCGUCUGGGGGUGGACUUGGUGGUAGACGCAAAGCUAUCAAAACGCAGUUUGCAAAAGAGGGACGAGUAUAUCCGUCUGAUGGUCGCAAGAUGUUUGGUUUUGAAUCGUAAAUGGCGAUGGACGUUGGAUGACGCAUGGAUUCUCUUCAACCGUUUGUUAGACAUAUUCAAAAGCCGACGUUUCGCCAAUCUCCUCGAUGAACCUUCCGACUUCCCCAGCUUCUUGCGUCACAGUAAUUUGCAAUUACUGUCGGAGAACAAGCGCAGCGACACCGCGUUUACGCUAUUCCUGAAGUUGGUCGUGCAAGCAGCAAAUGAUAAUCGCACCCAAGCAGACCAACCAGGUCAAAUACCUCCAAGGGUAAAGAAAUUGUUGUCUUUAUGUGUUCCAGUGGGUUCGGUUCCUUUCACGAAAGUAACACCUCCAACAAAGCAUGAAUUGUCCAUGCUAUACAACCGUUUCAGUGCUGUUGCCGUUGCCCUCUACCUCGAACCCACUACCGCAAAUCUCAAAUUUCGAUUAGCCAACGCACGCCGUUAUGUCAAUUUCCAUGAUACCGACAACGAGACCCGUCGUGCUUGUAUUCGAGGUCUCAUGCAUUUUGCUAUUCUCUUGCAACAUCUGAGCUUGCCGCUGGACGAGUUACUUGACUGGUUGGCUGAAAUGACCAGUUGCUUGAUUGACGAGCAUCAAGAUCCACAAUCCGCGGGAUAUUCUAAAAGUUGGAUCGUUGUGUCUAUUCAGAUGCUGCUGGGAUGUGUUCGUCGCAUCAUUGAAACACCGCUGAUGGGUUCCAUGCAGAACAAGCUGCAAUAUCCUGAGCCAGCACUACUAAGAGGACCUUGGGUAACAAGGGUGCUUGCAACGACAUCAAAUCUGACUGGCAUAGCUACAACGCGAAUCGAAAUUCGCAAGUUGGUUCAAGCAUUUCUCGACGCCAGAGCGGCUGUUUUGCCAAAACCAGCUCGACCUCGCGUUCCCCAUGUGCAUGCUGAAGAGAGUCAAGAGAGUCAGGAAGAGUUCGCAAUGUUUGACCAAUUAGAUUAUAACGAUCCCGAGUUACUUGCUGCAUUGGGUGAACCUGGAGAAGGCUCCACUUUCCAGGAGAACAAGAACAAAGACCAAAUAGUGUCAGAGCUGAUUGAUUCACAAAUAUCACCUGCGAUCUAUCGCUUGGUCUGCAAGUAUUUUAACGAUUUAACUGAUCAGGGAUCUCUGGAACCGUACAGUCAAGAGGCCGAUAAAUGGGUUGACUGCUGGGUCGGAUGUGCGAACGUUGUUGUACAGAACGGUAGAAGGGACUGGUCCCUUUACCUCACACUUGGACCUCAGUCCUGGGAACGAAUCAUUGACUCUUCAUGGCGCCGGCGUGUCGGCUUGCGGUUUAUGCUCAUGUUGUUGCGACUUGACCCUCAAGCAUACACAACGUACAAAGAUCGCUUUAUAGACGUACUAUUGGAAUCAAUGGUAUCACCGAAAGUUACUAUCGAGCACGAGUAUAUGGCUUUGUUGUUCUCCAUUGACUAUCUACGACACCCGCUCCUCGCGGAUAUUAUCUGCGAGCGAGACGAGGCUACGGGUGACUACCAAAUAUCACGGCUCCAUUUUCUUGAGCGAAGAGCGACUUUCUUGCACAAAAUAUUUGAAAAUUUGGCUAGUCUACUCCUUAGGGAAGCCCAAGGCGAGCUGGAUUUGACAAGACAAAAUCAGACUUGUGUUGGCUCCGUCGUAAUCAUGCUGUCGACGAUGCAAGAUAACCACCAGCUGUUAAACGAACGCUCUGCAGAGCUCCAGAAUUAUGUUUCACUCUGCCAAGAGGUGUUCGGUGACCUAUCACAGUUCGCUAUACUCAAAAAUAAUCCACGUCUUCUCUCCUUAAUUACUUGGGCAAACGGACUCAAACAAUGA